AAUCAAUACAUUUGAUUUUAUUAGAGCCAUGACUAUGAAAUAUUUCAUUACAUUUUACUUAAUUGUUGCAAUGGCAAUUCCACAAACCAAAGCUCAGCUUGGUAUUCUCAAUGAUCUAUUGGGUUCUGCUAAUAUUAAAGGAACUGUACUUUGCACUUCUAAGGAUAAUGUUGGUGUCAAUGGUGCUUCAACCCCUGGUUUUUCAAAUGCUCAAGUACAACUACAAUGUGGAGGAAACAUGAUCUCUAAUGCAACAACUGAUAAUAAUGGAAAAUUUUCAAUGAUGAUGGAUAAUCCUCUACUCUAUGAUCUUUCAUCACUACUCACUAGUUGCAAUCUAAUGGUUCCUACACCACUCUCUAAUUGCAACACUAAACUUCCUUCUGCUGGUGGCCUAAUUUCAACUCUCAAAUAUGUUGGAAUCAGUCAUAUUGGGACUCAGACUCUUACCAAUAUUGCACCUUCAGGAUUUCAUUUCAUUCCCUUAACUUAGGUUAAUUAAUUAAUCCAUUAUAAUUAGAGGAUAUUAUAAAAUAUUAUAAUUAAAUAAAUCCAUAUCCUCCUGUUUUUUCUUAUUUUCUAUUGUACUACUUGAAACUUAAAAUUGAUGUAGUGUGUUUUUUUU